AUGGCUCAACUGAAGGGGAAUGCUCAACUGAAGGGGAAGGCACACAACCCCCUCAGAGGAGGAGAGCAACAUACCAGCGAUGCACACCCCACACACAACAGAGUGUUUGGCCAUGUGAACGGUUGUGGUGAGGGUAGAAGCACCUAUGCAUGCGAGAGAGGGCCUGAGCUCAAGAAGCAAUACAGAGAGCGACCAGUGGGUCCCAUUGCCAAUGGGCAGCCGUUCAGUGCCAUGGCAGCGGUACAGCACGUGGAUACGCACGUGUCGAAGAAGUGA